AUGGACGAGCGCCGGAGCUUGCUCUACUCUCCGGCUGCCUCCUCCGCCAGCCGUUGUCCGCGAGGCGACUCGACCAGCAGCCACCACAACCUGGGCUACACCGAGCAGCUGCCCCCCGCCGCCCCCCAGCCGGUGCCCGGCCAAGAGGAGGAAGAGGGUGAAGAGGGGGAGGAAGGCAGCAUGACCGUGGUGGGUGGCGGUGGUGGCGGCGGCGGAGACCCUUUGCUGGAAGAGCCACAGCAUCCUCAUCCUUUGCUUGGGGGGGACCGCUAUGAUCACCCCCCGACUCCGGCCGCCGUCCCUGCCGGCCAGCCUGUGAGCGGUGCGGAGCACGAGUGCUGCGAGCGGGUGGUGAUCAAUAUCUCGGGGUUGCGGUUUGAGACCCAGCUGAAGACACUGGCGCAAUUCCCCGAGACGCUGCUGGGGGACCCACGUAAGAGGAUGCGUUACUUCGACCCCCUCCGCAACGAGUAUUUUUUCGACCGUAACCGUCCCAGCUUUGACGCCAUCCUCUACUACUACCAGUCAGGUGGGCGCAUCCGGCGACCCGUCAAUGUCCCCAUUGAUAUCUUCUCCGAGGAGAUCCGCUUCUACCAGCUGGGGGAGGAGGCCAUGGAGAAGUUUCGGGAGGAUGAGGGUUUCAUUCGGGAGGAGCAGCGGCCGCUUCCCGACAAGGAGUUUCAACGCCAAGUGUGGCUCCUCUUUGAGUACCCUGAGAGCUCUGGGCCGGCCCGAGGCAUUGCCAUAGUCUCUGUCCUGGUCAUCCUUAUCUCUAUUGUCAUCUUCUGUCUGGAGACCCUGCCUGAAUUCAGGGAUGACCAUGACUAUGAAGGAACUGGGGGGACCUUCGGGACGGGUGGUGGCCCUCUCCCACCUGAUGUCUUCACCAACUCCUCGUCCUCGGCCACGUCCAUGGUGUCAUCCUUCACUGACCCUUUCUUUGUGGUGGAGACUUUGUGCAUCAUCUGGUUCUCCUUCGAGCUGCUGGUCCGCUUUUUCGCCUGCCCCAGCAAGGCCACCUUCUCCAAGAACAUCAUGAACAUCAUUGACAUUGUGGCCAUCAUUCCCUACUUCAUCACGCUGGGCACCGAGCUGGCUGAAAGGCAAGGCAACGGCCAGCAAGCCAUGUCCUUAGCCAUCCUCAGAGUCAUCCGGCUGGUCAGAGUCUUCCGUAUCUUCAAGCUCUCCCGGCACUCCAAGGGGCUGCAGAUCCUGGGGCAGACCCUCAAGGCCAGCAUGCGGGAGCUGGGCUUGCUCAUCUUCUUCCUCUUCAUCGGUGUCAUCCUCUUCUCCAGUGCCGUCUACUUCGCAGAAGCCGAUGACCCCAGUUCAGGUUUCAGUAGCAUUCCUGAUGCCUUCUGGUGGGCGGUGGUGACCAUGACCACAGUGGGCUAUGGGGACAUGCACCCCAUCACCAUUGGGGGCAAGAUUGUGGGCUCUCUCUGUGCCAUCGCAGGGGUGCUAACCAUCGCUCUCCCCGUGCCCGUGAUAGUCUCCAAUUUCAACUAUUUCUACCACCGGGAGACAGAAGGUGAGGAGCAAGCCCAAUACAUGCAUGUCGGGAGCUGCCAGCACCUCUCAUCCAGCGAGGAGAUGAGGAAGGCUCGCAGCAAUUCCACCCUCAGCAAGUCCGAGUACAUGGUGAUCGAGGAAGGGGGAAUCAACCACAGUGCAUUCAAACAGGCUGCCUUUAAGACAGGCAACUGCACAACCACAAACAAUCCCAACUGUGUGAACAUCAAAAAGAUCUUUACGGAUGUUUAA